GCCGUAACAUAUGCUGACGGUGACCAGGAGGACUGGCCCAUACACGCCGAGCUCUUGGCAUCGGCCAGAGCUGCAGCCCUGAGACGCAUGCAGCUUUCCGGUCUUCAGCUUCAGCGCCCAAGCUUUCUGUUCCCAGGUCUCAAAGCAAAGCCGUUUUGGCCCCGAGAAGACUUUCCGAAGGUGGUCAACCUGCUCGAGGCCAGAGCUCCGAGACUUUCUGCAGAGGUGCACCGGCUUUUGGCUGAUGGAGAUUGCAGCAGUGACAGCGAGGAGCGCUCCCCGCAGUGCAGGCGCUUUGCAGAUCUUUGCAGCAGUUCGGUUCGAGCGGCAGGCUCUCGGAGUCGAUGCAAAGCGGACAGCGCAGUUGGCAGUCGCGCACGAUGGGCAUGGCUCGCCUUCGCACUGGGUGCCAAGCUGCCCCGAAGAGCAGCAGCAUCUGAGAGUUGCUCCCAACCUGCCGCUGUGGUAUUUCUACACGGCAGCGGGGAUUCUGGCGCCGGGUUGAAAGCAUACCUUCGAGCUGUUGACGGUGGCGAUUUGCUCGACGAGCUGGCAGUUCAGGGCAUAAAAACUUACUGGCCUGACAGCGGUGUGCACCCGUACACGCUUGCCGGAGGGGAGUCCAUGCCAAUCUGGUAUGACCGAAAGGGCCUGCCGCCUACCGCGCCAGAAGACACUGCCUCUGUCGAGAAGUCUGUCCACAUUCUUGUCAAGUUGCUCGAUAAGGUCAGGGCAGAUGGUGUUCCAGCAAACCGUAUCGUGAUCGGAGGCUUCUCCAUGGGAGGCGGCAUCGCCCUCCAGCUUGCUCUGCGGCAUCCGACAAAGAUUGCUGCUGCUUUCGUGCUGUCAUCCUUCAUGUGUGAUGACGUAGCUGCCUACGCACUGCUUCAGACUCCGCCAUCGGUGGAUGUUCCCAUCUUGAUGAUGCAUGGCGAGGCUGAUUGGUUCAUUCGGCCAGUCUGGGGCAAGGACACGGCGGCGCGCUUGAAAGAUGCGGGGUUGAACGUCGACUUCGUUUCCAUCCCGGGCUUACGCCACGAGAUCAGCCGCAAGGAGAUCGCCCUUCUGCGAAAUUGGCUCUGGAAUCUGCUCAAGCUGUGA